GUUCUUGAUAAUUUACUACGAAUUUAGUUCAAGAUUCGCUAAUGAAGAGCAAAGUUCGGAGCUUAUUCAUUCAUACAUGACCCUGUUAUAUUUUGUGUGAGUGAUAAACUGUUCGAAAUUUUGAUUGCUGUGUUCUGAAUGAGUCAAUGAAGGUAAAGAACUAACUAGAAUAAUGAUGAAUGCUUGGCUCACAUUCCUGAGUAUUUUACUCAUUCAACAAGUAGAUGUUAGAGCUCUCAACAGAUGCAACAGAACUCCUGAUGGAAUAUUAAGGCCAAAGAACUCUGACGGCAUAAAAUAUACUAUUGAAAUUUCUGAUGAUCCAGAUAGUUACGUUGCCGGAGAAACUUAUACAGUUAUACUUAAGGGCAACCCCUUAAUUGGCAGCAAACACAUGUUCAAAGAGUUCAUGCUAUCAGUGGAACCAGAAAAUAUGGAUAAUCAAAUGGAACUCGGUCAUACUAGAGUAGGAUAUUUCAGACUGGUUAACCAUCAACUCUCAAAAUUCAGCAGUAUGUGCGAGAAUACCAUCACCCAGACUAAUUCUGUUUCUAAAGACUUCAUUCAAGUUUACUGGAUUGCACCCCCUACAGGUAGUGGAUGUGUGGCAUUUAGAGCUACUGUGGUUGAGAAUAAAGAGAGCUGGUUCAGUGAAGACGGACUCUUGACCAAAAUCAUGUGCGAGGAAGCUUCGGAAAAUGAGGAUUUGCAGCCGGUGGUUCUCGAAGAAUGUUGUGCUUGCGAUGAAGCCAAAUACGAGCUCGUAUUUGAAGGUUUGUGGACAAGAAACACCCACCCUCAAGACUAUCCUUCCAAUAUAUGGUACACUAAGUUUGGAGAUAUUGUGGGGGCUUCACAUGGCUACGAUCAAUCCUUCUGGAAAUAUGAAGAUUAUGCAAGUGAAAGUUUGAAAAUCUUAGGUGAAAGAGGUGAUACCAGAAGUCUUGAAAAGGAACUGAAAGAGAAAAUGGGAAAAUCUGUAAGGACUAUCAUCAAGGCUAAUGGCUUAAGAUACCCGAAUAUAACAGGGAAAACCUUCGCAUUCUUCAGAGUCGACGCAAAAAACCAUCUGAUUUCAAUCGUCACGAAAAUCACUCCUUCCCCGGAUUGGAUUCUGGGAGUGUCAAAUUUUGAAUUAUGUCGUGACGAUUGCACUUGGACUGAGAAGAGGGUCUUGAAUUUGUAUCCAUGGGAUAUUGGCACCGAUGAUGGUCUAUCGUAUAAUAGUCCCAAUGAACCUUUGUCUGAACCCAAGACCAUUCAGAAAAUAAGAACCGACAGUCCAAAUUCGCCAUUUUUCGAUCAAGAAGGCAAAGAAAUGAAGCCGUUUGCAAAACUGUAUCUUACCAGACUGAAGACAUACAAAAAAGAAUGUGCUGAAGAGCAAGUCACAACGAGUGAUCCGUCAGAAAUGACUACAACGGAAGAAGAAAAAUGUCCCACCACGGAUUGGUCUGAACCGUCGCCCUGCUCAGUGACUUGUGGAAAGGGAACUAUGUUAACGGAGAGAGAAUUUCUUAAUCCUGAAGAUGGCGAAGAUGAGGAGUGUAUCCAGUUGAAGCCUUUGAGAAAUGUAUAUCCUUGCAAUAUGGGUAAAUGUCUUCUGCCAGCCAACGAUACGAAAUGCGAACUAACGGAAUGGAGCGAAUGGUCCAGCUGUACUGUUCCUUGUGGAAUAGGAACGAAAACGCGUGAUAAGAAGUUCAAAUAUCCCGAGUUUAGCGAUGAAUGCGAGAAUAACAAUCCUUCAGAUUUACAGGAAAACGGGGAAUGUGACAACGACGGGAAGGUCUGCGAGGAAACUGAAACAGAGAACCCCAAAUGCGCAGAUUUGAAGUGGGGAGAUUGGAGUAUUUGUAAUACAACAUGUGGAGAAGGAAUUAAGACAAGAUUGAGAUCAUCGGAGAAUAGCGACAAGGAAGAAAUUGAACAACUGGGGUGUAAAAACAUGGAGUUUGUUCAUUGUACAGAAAAAUGCACAGAAGAAAAUUCAGGACAGAAUGUUGGUGGGUUGGAUAUUGCCAAUCAAGUAACUACAGAAAUAUAUUCAGAGCCUUAUGGUAUAGUUACCAAUUGCAAAGUAUCUGGAUGGUCUAUUUGGGGUCCAUGUGAAUUACCGAAUGGAAAAUGUGGAAAGGGACGCAAGUAUGCACAUCGCCAAAUAGAACAACACCCAAUGAACGGGGGAAAACCCUGCCCUAGUAAACUGAUACGGUCAAGGCUGUGUCAAGUAUCCUGUCAUCCAAGGAAACAACAUGUCACAACAAGUCCAACGACAUUAGAAACCACUGUUCCUACAGAACCCACGAAAUUAGAGGAUGAGCCUGUCGACUGCGUUAUGUCUGAUUGGUCACAGUGGUCACCUUGCAGUUUCAAUUGUGGUGAUUCUGCUGUUCAACAAAGGACAAGAAGCAUCAGAAUCUACCCAAAAAAUGGUGGGAAACCAUGCGGAUCAAGGCUUGAUGAGAGAAAUUGCCCCCUUCCUUUAGCUUGCUCGGACAAAGGUGUACCUAUUAUAUAAUUCAUCUAUGAAUACUGGCAUACUGCAUUUUAGGGGGAACAAUUGGAGAUCAUUUUCAAGGAAUUAUAAUGCAACCUUGCAUUCAGAUUGUAGGAAAUUACAUUUGUAAAAAAUAUUAGAUAAUUAAGAUAAAGUUUUAUUCAUGAGGCAUUGCUUCAUAACUGAUUUGAUAUAUUAUAUAGAGUAUCAUUUUCUUAGUUAGUAUUUAUGUUUGAGAUGAGUAGUGAGUAUGUAGUAUAUUAAAUAUAAUAAAAAUUAUUCUCUGUAA